AUGUCGGCUAAAGCUGAACAUGUAAGCCACUCGGUGCCCGAACUUCUUGCGAAUCAUGAUGUGGACGGUUCACCAAAUCAGAGGGUUGAGAACUUGAAGAGGAUCAUUGCCCGACAAGCCGUUUCAAAACUGCAAGAGUCGCAAGCAGCGCGAAAGGCGAAAAAGCAGUCGAGGGCCGCGGGAAUGACAGAUGCUGGAUCACAAGUUCGUGGGAUUGCUAAAGAGGAGGAGCUGCGAGGACCCGCUAACGCCAUGAGUGAUUACUCCCCGGGCGCUCGAUCAAUCGUUAUAGGAAUGAGUGUCCCUGAACAUGAAUUGGAUGCACACCAUUCUGCCGGUGGAGCAAGUACUGCCUACUCCGCGAACACGCCCGACACACCGGCAAUUGUGGUUACUCCAGCCGAAGAAACAGACUCGUGGAAACCGCCUUUUUUCGGCAAAGGCCGCCCUGUAUCGAACAUGUAUUCUCCACACACACGCAGUGAAAUGCUGAUUCAGCACAGCAAUCUGCCUCCAGUGCCAAAGAUCCCAUCAAGACAUGCACAACGCGAUAACCAAGUUCAGCCAACGGUAGGCGCGAGCAUUGUUCAGUCACCUCAAGCAUCUUACCAAAAGUACGUUGCGAAUUAUGAUAGUGACGACGAACGAGAUCGUCGAUCUUUGGAAGAGAUGCCGAGGAUGUCAUCUGAUAGCCAAGAACGAAUUCUCCCGUCAGACUUGGAAAGCAGGCGACACAAAUCGCAGGGUUGGUGGAACCUUAUGCUCUCGCCCAUGCUUUCGAGGAAGGGGACGAUAGUGGAGAAAUCCAACAGCAAGAGUCCGGAGACGCCUCCCGUUCCUUCGCUGCCGCACGACGUACGGCUUUCCAAAAGUGAUAUUGUUUCUCCUUUGACUUCCGAAUCUCCAGAAACACCUCGACGGCUCGGUCUGGCCAGUGCCAGAGCAAGCAUUUGGUCUAGGUGGACAACAUGGGAAAGAGAAAGAGAUGAAAAGGUCCAUUCCCCUUCAGAAAACCUACCUCAACCUGAUCUUGGCCAAACUCGUGGUUUCGUACAAGAUGACGACCCAAUUCCAGCAUGGGCUCUCGUCGACAUUAACAAAGGACUUGCAGCAGAAUACUAUCAUGCAUGUGCUGUCGAACAACUGACGGGCGUUCCAUACUUUGAAUGCCAAAAUCAUUCUUGUGCCGGCAAACUGCCAAAGCUACAUUCCAUUUUCGACAAAGAAGUCGCCUUUGAGCCUUCACAGAGCGUUCCUGGGUUGAUGCAAGUGGACGAGGAUGUUGAGAUGGAUGCUCACGUUCCUAAUUAUGAAGAGCGAGAUCUGGGGCGUGGUUUUUCUGUCCACACGGAGCCUGAAGAACUGUCACCUAACGUCAGACAAGCAGAGACCGCCGCGGUUGUCAAGGCAAAGUCUGUGGAAAGUCCGGGUAUCAGCCAAGGGGAACCACGAGAGCAAGGGUCUGCCUUAGCAAUGCAACAUGUAGCUGAAGGCCGGGAGGCACAAGAGCGGUUGGUGCCGGACACGGUACAACCUCGUCGCGAAGCUCAUUAUCCUAGUAUCGCUGCUGUCGCGGGUCAACCACCAGUAUUGUCACCCGGGCCCGUCUCUCCAGCAAUGCAGCAUACGAUGACAUCUCAGGGUGCCGUUCCCAUGACCCAGAUUGACCACCAAGCUGGUCAACCACGUUUGCUGGAGCAAACAAUACCAUCAGAUCAGCAGCAACCGUCGGCGCCAACGCAGCCACCAUCGAUCACAAUCCACAACCACACGUUUUAUAGUGAAAGAUUCACAAAUGAAGAUGAUAACGCUGUUCGGGAAGCAAGAAGAGAGGCCAUGGAACGACUCGAAUCUACCGCAUCCACUCAAGAAGUCAGUCAAAAGCAAGAAGUUGCAAGACAGGAAGCGUCUGUCGCCCAAGAACCAAACCCUACCAAGGACGGUCUGAUAAGCAAAUUGAAAAAGCUUCUUCGACGAAGAAAAGCGAAUGGCAACGACAGCGCGGACAAGAAGAAACGCCGAUGGACACUCAUCAUCGGCAUUGUUUUAUUUCUUGUGGUCCUGGCGUGUAUUCUCCUCGCGACCUUCUUGACUAGGACAGGCGACGGCACUCCCAUACAGAGCCAGUGGCUGAAUCUUACUGGCUAUCCUCCAAUUCCCACCGGCAUAUCCACCAUAGCCAGACCGGAUGCUGUCAAGCAGCAGUCCCAGUGCGUUGGGCCCAAUACAAUGUGGAGCUGUGCUCUGCCCAAGGAGGAGCAGUUCGAGAUAGUUCCCAACUCUCCAGAUCAGCCAAACCUUCGAUUCGAGAUUGUCUUUCGAAAUGGCACGGUACCAGCGAACAUGACGGUGCCCGUACAAGAGCUAAAGAAGAGGUCAGAGCCGCGCCUGAGGAAGCGUGCGAGUGAUCCCUUCACAAACGAUCUCUUCGACCCCAGUCCGACGCCACCAAGCCGCGCAGACCAGAUCUUUAUGGGCAACACGACCGAUAACAUCACCCAGCCGUUCGAGGGGGAACAGACACCAUUCUACAUCACGUUCAUUCCGGUGUUUCCUAUUGACCCGUCGAAUUCCACGGCCACAGCGUCCAGUACAACCAACUCAAAGCUCCGAACGCGUCAGUCGACGAAUUCUUUGGAUAUCAUCCCUGCUCCGGACGUCCUGAGCGAUGGCAGUGCUGCGCCAGCCAAUCUCCUCCCUAAUGACCCAUACCCGUCAUCGCAACCCCUCAACUUGUACAACAGAGGUCAAGCAGACGAGCAUUACGGGUUCUACAUCUACUACGACAAGGCAAUCUUCCUGCAUUCGACGGCGGCUUUGAAUACCUCGGAAUUUGCAGAUGACAAUGGAAUUGACCCUGAGGACGAAAGCGGGGGCUCCACCCGCGAUCAGUCUCGGUUGCGAUGCACUUUCAGCCAAACAAGAUUCCUGGUCCGCAUGUGGACAAGCCCAGCGUUUCGAGCAACACUGCUACCGCCUGCCAGCAAUGAAACCAACUCGACCAAUUCAGGGAGCAGCAGCUCAGCCACUGAUUUCAGUCGACCCGGAUCAUUCCCUUAUCCGACGACCAUCAGCAUUGAUCGACAUGGGGGCGAUGUUAACAAGAAAGCCGUGUAUUGUUACGGGGUUGACCAACUACAGGUCAUACAGAACGGUGUCAAGACGAUUGUGCCAGAGUUCAGAAGUGUUGGAGGGACUCUGAUCAACGCAGCCCCUGGUCUUGUAAAUGGCACCAUCAGCGACGACCCUGGAUUCGACCAGGAAGCAGGAGGGAUCGACGGAGGGACUGGGGGCUGCGAGUGUGUUUGGCAAAAUUGGAACUGA